UCGCAGCUCGCGUCCUCCGGCCUCCAGCUCUACUGGGGCGCGGGGGCGGCCUCCGCAGCCCGCUCCCACCCUGGCGCUUUCGGGGGCGACCAUGGCGCGGGGACACGCCCCGCGGGACAGCUACCACCUGGUCGGGAUCAGCUUCUUCAUCCUGGGACUGGGCACCCUCCUUCCCUGGAACUUCUUCAUCACCGCCAUCCCGUACUUCCAGGCGCGCCUGACAGGGGUCAACAGCACGGCCAGGACCCUGAGCUCCAACCACACAGGCCCCACAGACACUUUCAGCUUCAACAACUGGGUGACGCUGCUGUCUCAGCUGCCCCUGCUGCUCUUCACCCUCCUCAACUCCUUUCUGUACCAGUGCAUCCCUGAGGCGGUGCGCAUUCUGGGUAGCCUGCUGGCCAUACUACUGCUCUUUGCCCUGACAGCAGCAUUGGUCAAGGUGGACAUGAGCCCUGGGCCCUUCUUUUCCAUCACCAUGGCCUCAGUCUGGUUCAUCAACUCCUUCUGUGCAGUGCUGCAGGGCAGCCUUUUCGGGCAGCUGGGCACCAUGCCGUCCACCUACAGCACCGUCUUUCUCAGCGGCCAGGGCCUUGCUGGGAUCUUCGCCGCCCUCGCCAUGCUCAUGUCCAUGGCCAGUGGUGUGGACGCCCAGACCUCUGCCCUGGGGUACUUCAUCACACCCUGUGUGGGCAUCCUCAUGUCCAUCAUGUGUUACCUGAGCCUGCCCCAUCUGGAGUUUGCCCGCUACUACCUCACCAAGAAGCCAUCACUGGUCCCAGCUCAGGAACUGGAGACCAAAGCUGAGCUCCUUCAGUCUGAUGAGAAGAAUGGGAUUCCCAGCAGCCCCCAGAAAACAGUCCUGACCCUGGAUCUUGACCUUGAGAAGGAGCCAGAGCCUGAGCCAGAUGAACCUCAAAAGCCAGAAAACCCUUCAGUCUUCACUGUCUUCCAGAAGAUCUGGCUGACGGCGCUGUGCCUUGUGUUGGUCUUCACAGUCACCCUGUCCGUCUUCCCGGCCAUCACAGCCAUGGUGACCAGCUCCACCGGCCCCGGGAAGUGGAGUCAGUUCUUCAACCCUAUCUGCUGCUUUCUGCUCUUCAACAUCAUGGACUGGCUGGGCCGGAGCCUAACUUCCUACUUCCUCUGGCCGGAUGAGGACAGCCGACUGCUGCCCCUGCUGGUGUGCCUGCGGUUCCUGUUCGUGCCACUCUUCAUGCUGUGCCAUGUGCCUGAGCGGGCACGGCUGCCCAUCCUCUUCCGGCAGGAUGCCUAUUUCAUCACGUUCAUGCUGCUGUUUGCCAUCUCCAAUGGCUACCUGGUGUCCCUCACCAUGUGCCUGGCGCCCAGGCAGGUGCUGCCACAUGAGAGGGAGGUGGCUGGUGCCCUUAUGACCUUCUUCCUGGCCCUGGGACUCUCCUGUGGAGCCUCCCUCUCCUUCCUCUUGAAGGCGCUGCUCUGAAGAGGCCAUCAGGGUCCACACAGCCCUCUUCUCAGGGCCCUUCUGGAGCUGAGACCGACACAGACAAAGGACAGACCGGACUUGGGCCUCUGCUGAGCUUGGGCCCUUCCCCUGCAGGUGGCCGGAAUGGGCAGAAGCUGCUCUCCAUCCUCAGCUGGUCACCAUUUGUGUUCUGCAGAAAACAGUCCACCAUGGGGCAUCCUGCCUCUCACCAGGGAUGGGCUGGGGUGCAGAGGAACAGGCUUCACCGGAGCGGGUGAUCAGGAAAAAGGGCACAGGGCCAGGGCCCUUCCUGCCAUGGGACUGCACCUGUUCAUCCCGAAGCCACUUGCUGAGCCUUGGGAGCAGAGCUGCCUACCAGAGGGGCAGUGAGGAUGUGGCUGAUAUGGCCUCCACCUCCAUUGUGAGAGGAAUGGGCAGGAGCUACCUCCACCCAAACUCUGGCGACCCUGUGGUCUCAUCCUUUCUACCCAGAGCAAAGGGUGCCGGGGAAGGUGUGGCGGGGUGAGGAUCUGAGGGUGCUCAAAGGACCAGGCUCUGACCCUCAAAACAGUGUUUUCAUGGCCAGCACUCCUGUCCUCACUCCCCUGAGCCCAGCUGGGCCUGGCUCCCAGAAUGGGCCUGGCUGCAUGUGUGGACCACACUUUACAGUUUGCAAAGGUUCUUCCCCCACCCUCCCUCCCCAAGCCUUACUGAGGCCCUGGAAGAAGCUGAGCAGAGAUUGUGUCUCCCCAUUGCACAGGUGGGGAAAGUGAGUCCCAGGAGGAGUGGUCCAUGGUAGAGCAGGGACACUGGCCCCAUCUCCCCACACCCUGCAGGUGCUAUUCCUCCUGCGUGUCACCUGCUUUUCCUUAAGGGGCUCGGGACAGAAGCCCUAAGCAUAUACUUCUCACCCCACUUCUCCGUCUGACCCUGCCCCCAGGUCUAAUUACAGCCCAUCGUUUGUAUGA